UCUAAUAUUAAACAACCAAUCAAUCACCGACCCUAACCGUCUCUAUGAUUCCCAAGGCAGAGACCACCAAUCAAGUAUCAACACUUGUAAUUUUUUUAAAAAAACCAGAGAAAAUCCACGUGUCAAUCACCCAUAACACCCUAUUGCCUUGCCUUAGAUCUUGGUCUUGAGGUCUAUAAAUAUAAAACCCCCAUAAAGUUCAUUUCUUCAUCAGCAAACAGUCAAACAAUAUUGAACAGAAUUCUCAAAUUCAACAAUGGAAGCAUCCCCUCUUUGUUCUUCUACACUACUUCCUUCUUUAUCUCCCAAGUUGAAUUGCACUAAAAGGUCAAGUGGCAGAGUCGUCGUCGCUGCAGCUAGAAGAGGCUCCUCCGAUCAGAACUACGGGUCACAAUCUGUCGACGAGAGCAUGAUCGUGCUGAGAAAACGCAUACAUGAAAUGAAGAUCAUAGAGCGAAACUAUGAGCCUCCUGCACAUUGGAUGGAGUGGGAGAAGCAAUAUUAUGCACAUUACGACGAGAUUAUAUGCAAUGCAGUUGGAUUAUUGCAGUCACAAUUGAUGAAUACCAGACCUUGCUUGGCUAUCGGGAUGCUAGCAGUUAUCUCACUCAGUGUUCCUGCGUCCACCGCCAUGAUCGUGCUACGAUUCCUGGAUGUUGCAAAUGGAGCUUUGUCUGCAAUACAUCACAUUGGUUGA